CUACGACAAGAUCCAUACUCUCUAGCGUACUGCUACAGAGACUACAUGGAGAAGCACCCAAUGCGGCGCCGACUGGGUGACCGGCAAUACUUCAACAACUACUACGAGAACCUUCUAGCUAACCAGCCAGAGCCUGAUCCCGACGCUACAGACGACCGUUCACGUGCGAUACGGUAUGCGAAAGAGCACUAUGAGUGCUACUAUGAGAUCAGGGACAUCGCGCGCAUCGUCGGAUGGCUGGAUGAG